CUUAUCAGUCGUUCUUUAAAACGACCUAUAAAUACAUUGGUACAUUCCAUUCCGAGUAUAAAGUCGGCGCAAAAUAAAAUAUUUGUCAUUCGUCCUAGAUCAUCAUCAGCGUUAUGGGUGCCGCAUUUUGGUUUUGCUUCAUGGCGUCCCUGAUCUCGGUCAUCGCCGUGAAUCAUCCGACUCACAAUUGCCAUAAUUAUUUUACAUAUUUUACUCCGAACGGGGGGGCAACGUUCAUAGGCGUUUUUACGGCACACAGGAAUGACCUCAGAACAUUCUACUGGGAGGCGAAAUUCACGGCACACGGCGUCAAUGUGGAUCAAGUUGAUUAUCUCAAUCCGUAUCCCAGCAAUGAAGAGUGUUAUGCCAACGUCAGAAAGGGACUUGCCGCUCAGAUGUACGUGAACUUUUUUAACAUUACGAACGAGCUGCCCAUGCUGACUGAAUUUAAGCUCAAUGGAGUGAUGCUGUGCCGAAACCAGAAGUACCAUCCACCCACUACCACAACUCGCGUUGCCCGCCGACUGACUGUCGAUGAAAUACGCAGGGCCUGGGUGUAUAGGAAAAAUAGCUAAAUACAGAGACGCGAAUUAAAAUCAUAUUCCAGUGAAUACCUCUCUGACAGCAAUAAACAUUAUUAAAAAUGGUUUUGAUA